AUAAUAAGAUAGAGAGAGAGGGAGAGAGAAAAGAUGGAAGCGAACGAAACGACGGAAGAUGGAUGGAAGAUGGGGAAUACGAGCGAUUUGCCCGAUCUUUCGAAUGUUUUCGUGGAUACCGGUCAAUCGAAUCGUUCCUCCAACUUGUACGACCACGAGGAGAGCAACGAAUUGGAGCGGGUUAUUCUUUUAACGGUGAAAGCGACCGUGAUGGGUUUCAUCAUUCUCUGCGCCCUGUUCGGCAAUCUAUUGGUGAUCGUGUCGGUGAUGAGGCACAGGAAGCUUCGUGUAAUUACCAAUUACUUCGUAGUCUCGUUAGCGCUGGCGGAUAUGUUGGUCGCCAUUUUCGCAAUGACGUUCAACGCGUCGGUCGAACUCUCUGGAAGAUGGUUGUUCGGCUAUUUUAUGUGCGACGUGUGGAAUUCGUUGGACGUGUUUUUCAGCACCGUUUCCAUACUUCAUCUCUGUUGCAUCAGCGUGGAUCGUUAUUACGCGAUCGUACAACCGUUGGACUAUCCGUUGAUCAUGACCAAUCUUCGGCUGAGCACCAUGCUCAGCGUGGUUUGGUGCUCGCCAACGGUUAUCAGCUUCCUGCCGAUAUUCGCCGGAUGGUACACCACCGGGAAACACCUCGAGUACAGAAGAAAUUAUCCGGACGUGUGCGUGUUCCAAGUGAACAAACCUUAUGCCGUGAUCAGCUCCAGUGUCAGUUUCUGGCUGCCAGGGAUCAUCAUGAUCGCCAUGUAUUACAAGAUUUAUAAGGAGGCCGAUCGUCAAGAGCGGAUGUUGUAUCGGAGUAAAGUAGCAGCCGCUCUUUUGAACAAGCAUCUGCAAAUCAAUGGAAUUUCCGCCGGUUUGGCCACACUUCCGACCGUGGAUCAAUCGCCGGAUCCACAACCAGAGGAGCCACAGAUCACGAGCAGCAGCAAAAUGAGAAGAGAACGGAAAGCUGCGAGAACGUUAGGAAUUAUUAUGUCAGCGUUUCUAGCAUGUUGGCUUCCUUUUUUCCUAUGGUAUAUCAUCACGUCUCUGUGCGACACCUGCGAGAGCAGCGACUCGGUGGUGGCAGUGGUAUUCUGGGUAGGAUACUUCAACAGCGCGCUAAAUCCACUCAUCUACGCCUACUUCAAUCGCGACUUCCGGGUCGCGUUCAGAAAAACGUUGAAGAGCUGUUGCGUUGCCCUGCGUCCGGUUCGCGAUCUACGUCAAGCUCAUAGAAAGCAGGAUCUCGUGCACAGUAACGCGUCCUCGGAAUUACACGUGAACAAUCAACUGAGAGCCAGCGAGAUGACGAACGUCCACAUCGAGGCGUGUAUCUGAGUUUUCAGCAAAUUCGAUUCUCCUUCAACUUUCGAAACGAAGAGGAGGAGGAGGAAGAA